AUGGUGGGGACUCUCGGCAUCACGGGGACUGGCCCCUGGCAAGGAGCCACCACGGGGGCCGGUGGGGCUGCAGCAUUUGCCGUGGUGCAGGUUGACGGUGCUGUGCAGUGCAUGGCCUGUGGCAUAGCCAGAGCCAGGCAGGGCUGGCCCUCUCAGUCUCCAAAACCAUCUGCAAAAGGAAUGCUGCAGAAGGAACAAGACAUCUUCUCCCGAGUGAGUCAACUCAGCGCCGCCGAGAGCGCCGGGGGGCCCGGCUCGGCGCGCACCGCGGGGAAGAAGGUGCAGCUGCGCGCCGCGCCGCGGGCCAAGAAGCUGGAGAAGCUGGGCGUCUACUCCGCUUGCAAGGCCGAGGAAUCCUGUAAAUGCAAUGGCUGGAAGAACCCCAACCCGCCUCCCACGCCGCCGCGGGCAGAGCUGCAGCAGGCGGCCGUCAGCCUCGCUGAGCCCUGCCGCAGCUGCAGCCACGCGCUGGCUGCUCAUGUUUCUCACCUGGAGAAUGUGUCUGAAGAAGAAAUGAAUAGGCUCCUGGGGAUUGUGUUGGAUGUGGAGUAUCUGUUCACCUGUGUCCACAAGGAAGAAGAUGCAGACACCAAGCAAGUUUAUUUCUACCUAUUCAAACUUUUGAGGAAGUGCAUUUUACAGAUGGGAAAACCUGUAGUAGAAGGAUCUUUGGAAAGUCCUCCAUUUGAGACACCUAGCAUUGAACAGGGUGUGAAUAAUUUUGUGCAGUACAAAUUUAGCCACUUACCCUCAAAGGAAAGGCAAACAAUAGUGGAACUGGCUAAAAUGUUUCUGAACCGCAUUAACUACUGGCACCUGGAGACACCUUCUCAGCGCAGACUAAGAUCACCCAAUGACGAUAUUGCGGGGUAUAAAGUGAAUUAUACCAGGUGGCUUUGUUAUUGCAAUGUCCCUCAGUUCUGUGACAGUCUACCUCGGUAUGAAACCACCCAGGUUUUCGGUAGGACAUUGCUUCGCUCCGUUUUUACUGUAAUGAGACGGCAACUGCUGGAGCAGGCCAGGCAAGAAAAAGACAAGCUUCCUCAAGAGAAACGAACACUAAUCCUCACCCAUUUUCCAAAGUUUCUGUCGAUGCUGGAAGAAGAAGUGUACAGCCAGAAUUCUCCUAUUUGGGAUCAGGAUUUCAUGGUGUCUAGUUCCCGAACUGGCCAGCUGGGAAUCCAGACAGUUAUCAGUCCUCCUCCUGUGGCAAGAACCGUUUCAUACAGUGCAAGUCCUUCGUCUCUGGAGCAACCCAACAGUGGGAAUAUGAGUCCUGCUUGCAAAGUUUCUUCUGCCCUUGACCCAAACCUAGGGGAGAAGAGAAAAAAUAAUGAACCCUAUUCUCUGGAGGAUUCAAAAAGACCAAGGGUUGUAGGAGAUAUUCCUAUUGAAUUAAUCAAUGAAGUAAUGUCAACAAUUACAGAUCCUGCAGCAAUGCUUGGGCCAGAGACCAACUUCCUCUCGGCGCACUCAGCGCGGGACGAGGCAGCGCGGCUGGAGGAGCGCAGGGGGGUGAUCGAAUUCCACGUGGUCGGCAACUCCCUGAACCAGAAGCCCAACAAGAAGAUCAUGAUGUGGCUGGUCGGUUUGCAGAACGUGUUCUCCCACCAGCUUCCUCGAAUGCCGAAGGAGUACAUCACGCGCUUGGUCUUUGACCCGAAACACAAGACCCUUGCAUUAAUAAAAGAUGGUCGUGUUAUUGGUGGUAUCUGCUUCCGGAUGUUCCCCUCUCAGGGAUUUACGGAGAUUGUUUUCUGUGCUGUGACUUCCAAUGAGCAAGUCAAGGGCUAUGGGACUCACCUAAUGAACCAUCUGAAGGAAUACCACAUCAAACACAACAUUCUCAACUUUCUCACGUAUGCAGAUGAAUAUGCUAUCGGCUACUUCAAAAAACAAGGUUUCUCCAAAGAUAUUAAAGUACCAAAAGCAAAAUACGUUGGCUACAUCAAGGAUUACGAGGGUGCCACAUUAAUGGGAUGUGAAUUAAAUCCAAGGAUCCCCUACACAGAAUUUUCUGUCAUCAUUAAAAAGCAAAAAGAGAUCAUUAAAAAGCUCAUAGAAAGGAAGCAAGCUCAGAUACGAAAAGUUUAUCCUGGCCUUUCUUGCUUCAAAGAUGGAGUACGGCAGAUUCCUAUAGAAAGCAUUCCUGGCAUUAGAGAGACUGGCUGGAAACCAAGUGGAAAAGAAAGAGGUAAGGAGCCCAAGGAUCCGGAUCAACUUUACAGCACAUUAAAAACCAUCCUGCAGCAGGUGAAGAGCCAUCAAAGCGCUUGGCCCUUCAUGGAACCUGUGAAGAGAACAGAAGCUCCUGGAUAUUAUGAAGUUAUAAGGUUUCCCAUGGAUCUCAAAACAAUGAGUGAGCGACUCAAGAAUAGGUACUACGUGUCUAAGAAAUUAUUCAUGGCAGACUUGCAGCGAGUCUUUACAAAUUGCAGAGAGUACAACCCCCCUGAGAGUGAAUACUACAAAUGUGCCAAUAUACUGGAGAAAUUCUUCUACACAAAAAUUAAAGAAGCUGGAUUAAUUGACAAGUGACACUGUCUUUUUUUACAACCAAAUAGUGUGCCUACUUCAUGGGCAGGGGAAGCCAUUAUGUAUCACCUGAGUUGUGGGACGUCAAGGUUUCAAGAAACUUCUGUUUAAUACUUAGCACUUUUAAAAACCCUUUUAGUUUUGCAAACAUGUAUUAUACUGAAGUUACAAAAAUUAUUUUAUUAAAAUGCUUUAUAAUGUAUUUAAUUAUGGAAAAUUUCUUUUGUGUGCCCAUUACCAUAUGUUCAUAAUAAGUUUAUCAGCUACAGCCUCAGAAACCCCACAAAACAUGUGGGAAAUUGCACAUGUUUGGGAAUAUGAAGAAAAUUCCCAGACAACAGAUGUUAUAGCUUACCUAAUGCAGUACCUAUUUGAUAAAGUUUUAUUAUUUUUUUUCCAGUAAAAAAGAAAAUAGUAAGGGAAAACAACAGGUGGGGGGGGUCUGAAACACUUGUUUCUUUGUAGAAUCUUUUUAUAAGAUGUUAUUUUUUAAAAGAAACACUCAGCUGGUUGAGAAGCUGUGAGAGAACAGCCAGUUCUGAAAAACAACUGCCUGUAAUAUUUGAUAGAUGCAAGUUUUUCUAUUCAUUUUGGGUUUUGAUAAAUAUUUUACCUGCAAAUUGUAAUCUCAUAACCACUAUUAAAAAAA